AUGCUUGACUUUCAUUGGGAUGUACAAAAGAUACGAGAAAUUCCAGAUGUGGAAGAACACACCCUUAUUCAAUGCAUUACAGUGGACACGAGCAGGUUGGUUGCUCGGCUAGAGAGGGAGUUACAAGACGAAGAGAGCAGUGUCGAUUUUAUUGUCGAACAGAUGCAACUACUCAUAGAUAAUGUUUUUGAGAAAGUGCGAAAAAGCUCUGGAGUUUCCACUGAUCGUUCUUUGGUGAUAAAUUUAAAUUUUACACAUCUGAAAUUCUCUGUGGCUUACUGGGAUAUCUUAUUGGAGAGGGCACUAGACCAGAUGAAUGGUUCAUCAAAAACAGAAGCCCGUUAUUUUAUUACUGAGGCUACAUCGGUGGAAAGAGGUCAAUAUAUUGAAACUAAUCAAUAUUUCCAGAGUUUCAAAGCCAACCAGCGUCUGGAACGAGACAGUGUAGAUAUGGACGAGUUUAUUGAUUAUGAAACACUGAUCAAACACAUAAUUUUUGGUCUUUUUAAACAAAACAGUAUUCCAGAUCAGGAUUUUGAGGCCAUUUUGUCGAGAUUUCAUAACUUGGAAAGUUUGAUGGUUGCUUUCAACGAGUAG